AUGUCUGACGCACUUGUUUGGCAAAUCGUCCGCAACAACAACGCCUUCUUGAGAACUCAACGAGGAAUCAACAAGCGUUUCUCGACCGAGCGAUUCAACUUGAAGAAGGUCAACAGCCCAAGAUACAGUGGAUUGGCCAACUCAAGAGCCAUCGACGUCAGCGCCGCUCCAUCCGGAAAGGGAGUCGUCGUCUCCACCAAGAACACCCGCGGAGGACAACCAGCCAAGGCUGUUGCCUCAGCCACAGUCUCAAAGACCCCAAUCGCUUCCACCCGCGCCAUCGCCAAGAACUCCGGAUUCGCCAGAUUCAACAAGGUAAGAAAUCGAGUUUUAAUUUUACAGAAAAAAUGAAUUUCUUUCAGCUCGCCCAAAGAAGAGCUGCCGCCUACGUCCGCUCCCAAUUGGCCAAGGCCCCAAAGACUGAGGCUUAA